AUGCUUCAAGUACAGGAAUCAUCUCACAGCACUCUGUUGCUAGCGCCCAUGCUCACACCACCAACUUCAGUACACCCACAACCAACAACGUCGUCUUCGUCUCGGUCAACUCGUGUUGUUGAGCAGCUUCAAGAUACAUUGGAUGGUCUUCAAAAGGAGCUCGUAUCGACUCGUUUACAGCUCGAAGCAGCUCGACAAACAAAGGCACAAUCUGAGAUCGACGCACAAAACUAUGUUGAAUCCAAUAAGCAAUACCGACAUGAUAUCAAGGGAUUGAUGCAGGUGCUCGAAUCCAAGCAAGAAUUAUUGGAUACCACCAAACGUUCAUCAAUGGCAAUGGAAGCUCAAGUCAAAAAGUUGAGAGAUGAAGCUUUGGCAUCACGCAAAAAGCUAGAGGAGCUUCGAAGGAAGGAACAAGUUCUUGAACGUGAUCGUAAUGCAGCUGUGGCCGAGAAGGAGCAAACCGAGCGUCAGCAAAUUGUUCUCAAGCAAGCAAUGGAAAGUUUAGCUACUCGAUUUGAACGUGAGGUGUGUGGACUACGACAAGAUCUUGAUAGUGUGCAGCACCAAGUACAAGUGAUGGCUGAUGGAAGUGAAACCAUUGCACGGACCGUCGAAGCAAAGAUCCAACAGUGUACACAAGAACGCAAGAUCCUGAUUACUCGGAUGCAAACCCUGCGUAGUCACAUGCAAGGAAACCUGCAACAAUUUGUCGACCAAAUGCAUGCAGAAAUCCAACCAUUACUUCAUUCAGUCAAUCGAUCAGCUUCCGGCACAAAGGAUUUCGAAUACUCAGUGCUCAAAUGUCGUGGCGAAGUGAAUGGCCUAGUAGCAAGGAUCCGAGCAUACACCGCUGAAGCUUCUUCUUCUGCUGCUGCCGUCGAAUGA